AUGGACAGUACCGAUCUACCUCAAAACUCAACUGCUGCCAAAGCUUUCUUCUCAGUUGAAUCACCUUAUUAUACCUUCUUUAAAAGGCCUGGAUUACGGUAUGACUACUUCAACUACAGCAUGACUUAUAGGGAAGAUAGUGAUCUUCCACAGGGUUAUGAGUUUGAUUUGGAGGUGGCUUUUAAUGGUACUAGUAAGAGUGUUGAAGAGGUAAGUUUGUUUUGAGCUCUGUUGGUUUUUAAGGUAAAAUUGAUCUAUAAGGCAAAGGCAAGGUUUUUAUAUCUACCUUGUUCACCUUGACCUCACUGAUCACCUCUUUGGUUAGCCUGACUUUAUUGACCACCUUGUCCACCUCCAAAUGAACCAAUAUGUUUUAGAUCCGCAAAAUAAUUUCAAAAAAGAAGGAUUUGGCUUUAAUAGCGGAUUCAAAUUGUAAUACCAAAUCACACAGAGAGUACUUAUUGACCGCCCUGAAUAGCCAAAUGAAUAUAACUCGAGUUGGAAGUUGUGCCAAUCGUACUUGUGACAAUGGUUGCUUACAGGAACUUAUAAGUAAGUUAAUAUAGAUUAUGACAAGUAGGGUAAACAUCAUUUUUAUAGGUAGGGUAGGGUAAAUUUAACCUUAAAUUAAUUUUUUUUGUAAAAAGUAAGCCUUUUUCAAAAUUUUUGUUACCUAAAACUUCAUUUUUAGCUACUCAUCACUUUUACUUUGCCUUCGAAAACUCGAUAUGUCAUGAUUAUGUAACCGAGAAGUUCUUCCGUUUUACCAGGUUUAUAGUACCAGUGGUACUCAAGCGUUCCAUCGUGCCUAAACGAAUACCUUCUGAUCUAUUUAUAGCUGUUGAUGACUUUAAUAAUGUUACAGAGCUUGUAAAUCAUCUUCAGAAGGUUGCUAGUAAUCAUACUUUGUAUGAACAGUAAGUUAUAGUAGGGUAGAGUAGGGUAGGGUAGGUUGUAUAGGGUAGGGUAGGGUAGGGUAGGGUAGGGUAGGGUGGGUUAGGGUAGGGUAGGGUAGGGUGGGUUAGGGUAAGGUAGGGUAGGGUAGGGUAGGGUAGGGUAGGGUAGGGUAGGGUAGGGUAGGGUAGGGUAGGGUAGGGUAGGGUAGGGUAGGGUAGGGUUAGGGUAGGGUAGGGUAGGGGUGGGUUAGGGUAGGGUAGGGUAGGGUAGGGUAGGGUAGGGUAGGGUAGGGUAGGGUAGGGUAGUCAAUAUUUUUUAUAUUUAGAUAUUUCGACUGGUCGAUAAACAACAAACUGCCAAGUACUUACGACGAAAAGUUCGACGCCACGUGUCAUUUGUGUAAAACAGCUCAUUUGUUACCUAAAAAACAUAUUUCUGACUAUCGACAGAUUCUUAACGUCAAGAACGACUGUGAUAACACAUUUGUCAACAAAUUUUUAGAAAAGUCUAAUAUCACAUAUAGUUGAUAAGUAAAAUAAAUUUUAGUUUAUUCUUCUAAAAGUUCAAAAUUUUUUAUAAAUUUAGAAAAACAUUAUUACAUUACAUUAGAAGCCUGAGAACAAGGUAAAGUUAGUCUUAGUAGUAAUACUCUUAAGCCGCCUUGGCGGUAGUACCGGCUUUGGCUGGAGAUCUAAAGCUUCAUCUGGAACUGGUGCCACGUCAGCUGCCAAGACUACUGGUGCUGCUGCGGCCGCUACUACCGCCAAGGCAGCUUAG